AUGGGAAGAGGAAGGGUGCAGUUGAAGAGGAUCGAGAACAAGAUUAGCAGACAGGUGACAUUCUCCAAAAGAAGAACUGGGUUGUUGAAGAAAGCUCAUGAGAUCUCUGUGUUGUGUGAUGCUGAUGUUGCUCUCAUUGUUUUCUCCACUAAAGGCAAACUCUUUGAGUACGCCACUCACUCCAGUAUGGAGGCCAUUCUUGAAAGGUAUGAACGAUACUCGUAUGCAGAAAAGCUGCUUACUGCACCUGAAACAGAAACACAGGGAAGCUGGACUCUUGAGUCAUCAAAGCUCAGGGCUAAGAUUGAGGUCCUAGAAAAGAACAUAAGGCACUAUGUUGGGGAAGAUCUCGAGCCGUUGAACCUUCGAGAGCUUCAAAGUGUAGAACAACAACUUGAGACCGCUCUUAAACGAAUUCGAACAAGGAAGAAUCAAGUCAUGCAUGAGUCCAUCUCAGAACUUCAUAAAAAGGAGAGAGCACUGCAAGAGCAAAACAAUUCACUCUCUAAGAAGUUGAAGGCGAAUGAGAAGAACGGUGACCAACGAAAUGCAGGGUUUCAGUUACCUCAGUCUCAGCCACCACCACCACCACCGCCACCGCCACCGCCGCCACCACCACCACCACAUCAUUUAGCUCCUCUUACAUUCGGGAGUGGAUCGUUCCAAGGAGCAGCAGUGAUGAGGGAUGAUGAAUCAAUUCAAGCUCAUACGAACAUGUCUGCUUCGAUGAUGCCGCCAUGGCUACUUCGUCACAUUAACCAAUAA